AUGUUAAAAGACAUAAGUACUAAAGAAAAUAAUGCAGUAUACUCUACAUAUUAUGUUUUAAGUUUAUAUAAUCUUUUUAAAACAGGGGCACCGUAUCCUGAAACGACAUGCAUUGAGGAGCUGAUGACCUUCAAGGAAAACCCAUCCAACUGUGACCAGAAUACAGUAAUUAUAGAAGAGAUUAACCCUGCGAUCUCAACAUCAAUGACAUCCAAUUACAUCAUCAGCGUUCAUAUACAGAAAAUAUGUCAUCAGAACGUAUCCCAUCCAUUAAGCUGCUGGAGUUACAGUCAACAGUGA